CACAAGUCAAGAUAAUGUUCGGACGAAAUUGACACUCACCCGACGCUGAAAAAUCAACCUGAUCUCCCCCUUUGACCGUAAAUUACGAAGAUCUAGAAGUCGUCGGAUUCCGCCUUUUCUCGGGGUUAUCUACUUUCCGAGAAUGCGGAAUUAUUUUCUUCAACCCUCCUCCGCGUAUCCGAGCAAUUUUAGAUUACAUAAAGACUUGGAUUUCGCAUAGAUUUAUCCCUCAUUUGAGGCUGGAAUCCAGGUCGAUAGAAUCUAUACAUUUUCAGAAGAUCACGUAAAUGGGGACACCUGCAUUUCCAAAUCUCGGAGAGCAUUGCUCCGUCAGCGAUUGCCGGCAGAUCGAUUUCUUGCCAUUCACCUGCGAUUGCUGCCACAAGGUCUUCUGCUUAGAGCAUCGUAGCUAUGCUAGACACCAUUGCCCAAAAGGCAACAAGCAUGAUGUGACUGUAGUUAUCUGUCCGUUAUGUGCUAAAGGGGUCCGCCUAAUACCCGAUGAAGACCCAAACAUAACUUGGGAGUCGCAUGUAAAUGUGGAAUGCGACCCUUCAAACUACGAAAAAGCCACCAAAAAGAGGAAAUGCCCUGUGCCUCGCUGCAGAGAGGUACUUACAUUCUCAAACACAGUCAAAUGUCGAGAUUGUAAGGUUGACCAUUGUUUGAAGCACCGACUUGGACCUGAUCACACAUGUCCCGGUCCUAUGAAGAAGCCCGAAACGGCUUUCCCACUAAUGGGGCUUUUCAGUAGUAAAAAGGAGGAACCGGUUCAUGGCCCAUCUUCAUCAUCUAGAUGGACCACGAGCCUACUCCGCGCCGCAACUUCUGGUUUGACAAAAUUGAGCAAUGAAUUACAUAUUGGCAGAGGAAACGGAAGUGGCCAAAGCAAAAGCAGAGUAGAGCAAUGCCCGCUAUGCAAUCUAAGAUUUUCUGCCGGUAAAGCUCUAGUAGACCAUGUACAGAAGGUCCAUGAAAAGAAUGGGGUGAUGAAUACAACAAUUGAUGUCUGCCCGAGAUGUAGCAAAGGUUUUCGUGAUCCUGUAGCGCUUGUUGAACACGUUGAGAGGGAACAUGGAGGGACUUCCAAAGUGUAGGACAUUGGCUUUUAUUUUUUGAGACUUGGUACAAUGUAAAAAACAUCUCUGCAAUUCUUUAUUGGGGGGUUGAUUCAGUUUCAAAGAUGCGCAAUUGUGCAGUAUAUGAAUUUCAUCCCGAUUGCCUGUUCUUGUAACAAGAAUUUGACGGCCUUAUCCUGUCAUUAACUUAUAAAUUAAUGAAAUUUCAAAUUGUUCAUUGGGUA